UGAAGUCGCAAUAUAUUAGUCUCAAAUUAUCGGCGGCUUCUGAUUAUUUAACUUUCAAUUAACAUAUUGCAGACAUUUUCUUUGACAUUUCCAAAAUUUUAUAAGAAUUGAGUGAACGAUUCCAGAAACUUGAUAGAACCAUAUUCGAUGAACUUGUUAUCGAUAGGCUCUCAUCCUUAUCUUUCUUUUCGCCAUUCGGUGUGGUGUGUUUGUAGCUGAGAAAAUUCUGUCCACUAAAGAAUCUAUAAUAGUCGAUUUCCUCAAACCAGAAAUUUGCUUAAUUUAACAGGGAAUUGCAACUCGGAUUUGAACUUGUAAUUAAUUCCAGUCAGCAAAUAAGCUAGCACGCAAUUCAGAGGUCCGACCUAAAAAAUAAAAUAAACAACCAUCCUCAGCGUCCGAGACACAAAUAAGCAAAAAUGGGAAAUGUAUUCGCUAACCUUUUUAAAGGGCUUUUCGGUAAAAAAGAAAUGAGAAUAUUAAUGGUCGGAUUAGAUGCCGCUGGUAAAACAACCAUUCUGUACAAACUCAAAUUAGGCGAAAUUGUUACAACGAUACCUACUAUUGGUUUCAAUGUGGAGACUGUAGAAUACAAGAAUAUUAGCUUUACUGUGUGGGAUGUGGGCGGUCAAGACAAAAUUCGUCCCCUAUGGAGGCAUUAUUUCCAGAACACACAAGGUCUUAUCUUUGUUGUUGACAGCAAUGACCGUGAGCGUAUUGGGGAGGCGAGAGAGGAGUUAAUGCGCAUGCUGGCCGAGGAUGAGCUGAGGGAUGCAGUCUUGCUAAUAUUCGCCAACAAACAGGAUCUGCCAAACGCAAUGAAUGCGGCCGAAAUUACUGACAAGCUCGGCUUGCACUCACUCAGAAACCGUAACUGGUACAUUCAAGCGACGUGUGCAACCAGCGGUGAUGGGCUCUACGAGGGACUUGAUUGGCUUUCCAAUCAGUUGAAGAACGCUAAUCGCUAAUUAAGCGCAAGACCAUAACUACAGAACCCACAAUAAUAUGAACACAACUCUGAUUUCAAGUAAGCCGAAGUAGCAAACCAACAACAACCAUAGGAAAGCGGCAAGAUAAAUUAAACGGACAGCGGUGGAAAUCGUCAUCAGGAAAUCAUACCACAAUAACAGCAGACUUUCGCAUAACUAAAGGGCUCGUCCUGUCCUUAUUUCCAAACAGGAACUUCAAUUGUUUAAUGAAUUGCAGGAACCUAACUUUUCAAGCAGCACAUAAAACUCGCUAUAAUUUAAUUUAAAUUCAUAUAAAUAUUGGAUGUUUAAAAGUAAAUCAAGUAAAAGAAAUUCCCCAAUCUAUUGCAAGAGAAAAGAACUACAGUAUAUGGUAUAGAAAUGUCUUCUAAGUUAUUUUUGUCCUCUCCCUCCCUUCAUCAAUAUAUUUCUUUUUAAUUUUAUAAAUAUAAAAAUAAUAUUAAUGAGAAAAACUGUAAUUGUAAUUGCUCUUUAAAAAUACAAAAAGAAAAAUUUUAAUUUUUAUACUUUCGUUUGGUGUUGACGCUUGGCCAAGCUAAUUCAGCAAAAAAUCAUGCAUAACAUAAAACCAUAUUAACAAGGAACGUAAUAAAUUAAUAUACAAAAUUAUUUUAACUAUUUGAAUAAGCUCGUUAUGAAGGGAGUUUUCAAAAAUCCGGCUAAUUAGGAUUCCCGAUAAAUUGUGUGUUGAGUAAUGUGAAAGAGGGAGAUACCAACCCAGUGGACAGGGUUGUUCAGUGUUGUGAAUUUUCUAAUAGGAAAGUUGCGUACCAAGGGAGAAACCAGACAUCCAAUACCGAAACGGCGAAGAAAUCGCACAUUGUCUACUAUAUUCUUAAAUUAAUUUUCGAAAUAGCUCGUCUUCUCCGCGAAAAACGAUUAAUAUUUUAAAGCUGCCUUAAAAUAUAUUUUAUCAGUAUAUUUUAUAUUUAUCGAAGCGGUCACACUGAUUGGCAUAUAAAAAAAUAUCGAUACUUUGACCGAUUAUCAAGAAGCCCAAUCCCUAGGUAAUUUGCGGAAAUUGUCAAUUAUUGUAAAAAGGAAACUGCACAAUGUCCACGAAGCAAAGUUCAAAGAAGUUUAAAUGGGCCCUUGACUUUAACACAAG